UUCAGCAUGUCUUGUCCAUCAGAGCCUCAGUUCAUAUUUCCGUACAAUUGGGCGGGAGACAAAGCAAAGGUUACACUACCGCUUGGAAAGGGUUGAACAAAGAAGACUAUGAAGCAUUAGGUUUCUUAUAGCUAGAAGUUAAGCCUUGUUCUAUUAGACCGUCUAAAAAUGCAAGCAACGAAGUAUGUUUUGGUUACGGGUGGAGUCGUCAGCGGCCUUGGCAAGGGCGUGACGGCGAGCAGCAUUGGAGUGCUGCUAAAGAAUUGCGGAUACCGUGUGACAUCAAUAAAAAUUGAUCCCUACCUAAACGUGGAUGCGGGUACUAUGUCCCCAUUUGAGCACGGAGAAGUGUUUGUACUGGACGACGGCGGCGAGGCAGACUUGGACUUGGGCAAUUAUGAACGCUUCAUGGACAUCACUCUUACCAGGGACAGCAACAUUACGACGGGGAAGAUUUACCAGGCAGUGAUUGAGCGCGAGCGGCGAGGUGACUACCUCGGGAAAACAGUGCAGGUGGUCCCGCAUAUCACUGACGCGAUCCAGGAUUGGAUCCAGCGGGUUGCCGUACAGCCCGUGGACGGCAAGGCCGGUGUACCGCACGUGUGCGUGAUUGAGUUGGGCGGCACCGUGGGCGACAUUGAGUCGGCCCCGUUCGUGGAGGCGCUUCGACAGUUUUGCAUCCGCGUUGGCGAACACAACAUUUGCAACGUGCACGUCUCCCUCGUGCCUGUCAUUGGCGUGGUUGGCGAGCAGAAGACCAAACCCACACAGCACAGCGUGCAGGUCUUGCGGUCGCUGGGCAUCACCCCCGCGUUGCUGGCGUGCCGCAGCUCGCACCCCCUGGAGGAGAGCGUCAGAUCCAAGCUGGCGCUCUUCUGCAACGUGCCCACCGCCAAUGUGCUCUCGCUUCACGAUGUGUCCAACAUCUGGAGAGUACCGUUACUCAUGCAGGAGCAGGCCGCGCACCACAUUAUUUGCUCCAAGCUGGGGUUAUCCAACGCUGACAAACUGGAUUUGAGUGCCUGGAAGGUGAACCUGGCGGACCGCUGGGACUCCCUGACCGAACCCGUGACGAUCACGCUUAUCGGCAAGUACACCAACCUCUCCGACGCCUAUCUCUCGGUCAUCAAGUCGCUCCAACACGCGUGUAUGGAGGCCCGGGUCAAGUUACAGCUGGAGUGGGUGGAGGCGGCGUCUUUGGAGCCGCAGAGCAAGGAAGUGGAUCAAGCGCUGUACGACGCAAGUUGGCAGAAACUGGUGGAGGCUGACGGUAUCCUGGUUCCUGGUGGUUUCGGAUCCCGCGGGGUCGAGGGCAAGAUCCUUGCCGCCAACUACGCGCGAAUCAACAAGAAGCCAUACCUGGGCAUCUGUCUGGGCAUGCAGAUUGCCGUCAUUGAGUUCGCCCGCAACGUGUUGGGGCUGACCGAGGCCAAUUCAACGGAGUUCGCUCCCGCCACCCCGAACCCCGCCGUCGUCUUCAUGCCGGAGAUCUCCACCACUCACAAGGGUGGCACCAUGCGGCUUGGCGCGCGCCGUACUGUACUGCAGACCAUGAGCUGUAUGUCUGCAAAGCUGUACCAACGGGAGCUGUACAUUGACGAAAGGCACCGGCACCGGUACGAGGUGAAUCCCGAUUUGGUCCCUAAGCUGGAGGAGGCGGGACUGCACUUUGUGGGGCGUGAUGAGACGGGCGAGCGCAUGGAGAUUCUGGAGCUGGCGGAUAACCCCGCGGACCACCCCUACUUCGUGGCGGCUCAGUUCCACCCCGAGUUCAAAUCCCGGCCCGGAAAUCCCUCUCCGCUUUUUCUGGGCUUCAUUUUGGCGUCGGCGAAGAAGCUUGACUCGUACCUCAGGUGCGUGUGA